UGAUUAGGUAGACAAUGGUAUGUAUGUGGUAGGGUUAGUAGGCUCAAAAAAAAAAGGACAUUAACUUCAAUGUGAACCAAUUCUGCUUAGUCCGGGUUUAGAGUUUAAGGGUUAGUCAUUCAUUAAUGGCGAGAACCAGGGAUUUCUCAUUCAGCUGAAACCACAUGGAAUAAAAUGGGUUAACUUCAGUCGGGGUUUGUCUUUGCCGUGACUCUAUUCAGCAUACAAACGAUUGCAUCAGGUGCGGUUUUUCAGCAGUUGACGCACCGCGCUCCUUAAAGCAAGACCGGGUUUAAGCUGGGAUGCAAAGAAUCGUUCUGUCCUUUCUGUGGGUACUGGGAACAUCAGCGGUGUUGCCAGACCCCAGCCCCACUAAAGAAGAACCAAUCCCUUGUUCUAAAGAAUGCACCUGUUUACAUGAUGAGUACAGUUUGGAGCUCAAUAUGUACUGCAGCGCCCGAAAUCUCACACAAGUCCCGUCCAAUAUGCCGAGAUCCACACACUCCCUUUGGUUGGACGGAAACCUCUUCACGUCGCUCGCGGCUGCUUCGUUCAAGGAUCUCAACACUCUCGAUUUCUUGACACUGCAAAGUGGUCAGCUAGCAAGCGUUGAUGCUCAAGCAUUCAGAGGAUUGAGGUCUCUGGCUCAUAUUCAUUUAGAACGGAAUCGGUUGCGCACGUUACCGGGUACCGUGUUCCAGAAUACGCCGAACCUGGCUUCAAUUAGUCUUCACAACAACCAACUCGGUCGCAUCGACGAAAGACUCUUUUCCGGACUUUCGCAUAUGUGGCUUCUGAACUUGGGGUGGAACUCCAUAGCGGUUUUACCUGAGACAAUUUUCCACGAUCUACACAACCUGAGGGAGCUAGUUCUAGCUGGAAAUCGACUAGCUUACCUUCAGCCACAACUCUUCCAGAAUUUGGCCGAGUUAAAAGAAUUGGAUCUAAUGGGAAAUCACCUCAAAGUCAUUAAAGCUAAUGUGUUCGUUAAGCUACUUAAACUACGAAAACUCUACCUGGGCCAGAACCAAAUCGUGACCCUGGCACCAAGAGCCUUCAUAGGCAUGAGAGCGCUAAGAUGGCUAGAUGUUACCAACAAUAAACUGACUUCUCUCCAUGAGGACACCUUCUUGGGUUUGCAUACUCUUCACGUGUUACGACUUUCCAACAAUUCCAUAGCCGGAAUCAGACCUAGGACAUUCCGUGAUCUGCAGUUCUUAGAGGAGCUACGACUCAGCCAUAACAGAAUCCGUGCACUUGGAGAGAGAAUUUUUGAAGGUCUUGGUCAUCUCGAGGUUCUGGAACUUGAGCAUAAUCAAGUCCAGGAAGCACAAGUGGGGAGUUUUACAGGACUAUCCCAUGUGGCUGUUAUCAACCUAUCCGGAAGCUGCUUCCAAAGUCUACCGGAUCAGGUCUUCAAAGGUCUAUCAAAGCUUCACAGUCUUCAUUUGGACAAUGGCUGCCUUACAAAAAUCACAACCCAAGCCUUCACAGGUCUCUCCGGUUUGAGGAGACUUUUCCUGCAACGUAAUAAUAUCUCCACGGUGGAACGCCAGAGCUUUGCAGACCUGGCGGGCUUAUUGGGAUUGGAUCUGAGUUUCAACAAACUGGAUGUUCUCACAAGCCAUACAUUCUCCGGACUUAAGAAUCUGGAGUAUUUGCUUCUGUCCAAUAACGAAUGUCGCCAAUUUUUACAAAACGGCACCAAAAAUAUCCUACCGAGGAUGCGUUAUCUCGAUCUGAGAGCCAACGCUUUAACCGGACUCAUUCCGGACUUCACCGAGGACAUGGAGAAACUCUUGCUCUCCGGAAACCGUUGGAGAUGCGACUGCGGGGCACUUCAGCUACGGAACUACAGUUUGAGAAAUCCGCAAGUGGUUCCUCGGAGAGUGGAAACCCACGCCGAGGGAGAGGAACCGGAUAGUACUAUCACGAUAUACAACAACAUAACAUGCGUUAGCCCGAUAAGGUCAGCGGGACAGGAUCUAAGGGAUAUCGACGCAGAACUUUUCCAGACUUGCAGAGCAGCUGCACACUAAUCUGUGCAGAAGAAGCUCUAAUAUGAAACAAAUGAUCUUCUUGCUUAGGAAAAAUGGCGGUAUUAUAACAAAUAAAAACCAUGAAUCUGUCAUAUACGUACAUGUAGAUAUGAGUGGAAAUGUGUUUACCUGAAUGUAGUUUGUGAUAUAAGU